UCUCACAGAUUUACUGAGGUAUAAUUUACUGUAAAAGUCACUAUUUUGGCCAGGUGUGGUGGCUCAUGCCUGUAACCCAGCAAUUCGGGAGGCAGAAGCCAGAGGAUCACCUGAGCCCAAGAGUUCAGGACCAGCUUGGGCAACAUAGGAAGAUCCCAUCUCUACAAAAAAUUAAAAAAAAAAAAAAAUUAGCAGGGUGUGGUGGUGCAUGCCUGUGGUCCCAGAUAUUCACGAGGCUGAGGCAGGAGAAUCAUUUUAGCCCAGCAGGUAGAGGCUGCAGUGGGCCUUGAUUGUGCCACUGCACUCCAGCCUGGGCAACCAAGCAAGACCUUUCUCAAAAAAAAAAGGUCGCCUUUUUCAGGGGCACAGUUCUAACUAGGAGUUUUGACAAAUAGAUAUAGCCAUGUAACUACCAUCGUAAUCAAGACAUAGAAUAUUUUCAGCACCGCAAAAAGUUCCCUCUUAUUCCUUUACAGUCUUUUUUCCCCCACCCUCCUCAACCCCUGGUAACCAGCGAUUUGAUUUCUUUUCGUACAGUCAUUGAUGUCCAGCUUCUUUCACUUAGUACAGUGCUUUCAAGAUUCAUCCAUAUUGUAUAUCAGUAGUUUGCUUUUAUUGCUGAAGAGUAUUGCACUGCAUUGAGGUACAUUUGUUUAUCCACUCACCAGGACAGAUGCGCAUGUUAAGCUGUGGGGUGGGAAUGAAUACAGACUAAUUUUUAAGUGUUAGUUCAGUUGUGAAUAUUUUUGUGCUAACACUUAAUGGAAGACACUUUGGUAGUAAAUACCCAUACCAUAGUUAUUUGAUGAAAAUCAAAGAUCUAAAACAAAAUAUUCUUUGAAAUAGUUUCAAGAUUUACAAAUUUUAAAUUAUGUACCUAAAACCAUAAGUAACGAAAAGUUUUUUUUACUUCUCUUUCAAGCCAAAUUUCUGGAUACUUUAUGUUCCCAUAUACACAUCUAAUUAUGUAUAUGUUAAUACUUACAUAUACUUACAUGUAAAUACACACAUGCACACACACCCCUUAACUAGGUAAGCAGUUGUGAAAGAAAACUUCAAGAUUGUCAUAGCAGUUCAUAAGAAGUAAUCUUUGAUGUAUUUUGGGGGGAGAUUUAUAACGACAAACUUGGGUUUUUAAAUAAAUAUUACUCCCCCCAUUAAUUAGCAAUCCUAUUUUAGGAUACUAAAACCAUGGUGGGCUAUUAAGUACUACAACAAGUACAUAUGGAAGUAAAACGUUUGUCUGGAAACUGUGGAGUCUCCACAACUGUUUUUAUAAGAGUACUGCUCUAUUUUCUUUAGAACAGUUAAUCCUCAACGCCCUCUGUGGCCUGCUUUCUGCAGCAGCACAAGCCAUUGCAUUCCAACUUUCUCAAAAUAAGCGUGGGACUUAGUUUCCAGUGGAAGCAGGAGGAUAUAAUUUUACAUGUGGGACUUUACAUCUAUAAUCGUGCUUGCUAAAAUUUCUUACCCAGAGGCAAAGAGUGUAGUGAUUAAGAGCUCAGUUGUGGAGUGAGAAUUCUUGGGAUAAUAUCCCAUCCUACCAUUUAGUGGUGAUGUGAUCUUGGGCAAGACACUUACCUCUCUGUGUUUCAGUGCCCUUGUUUAUAAAACAGGAAUAUUAAUUGUUCUCUUCAAUGCAUGCAAAGCAUUUCAGAACUGGGCAUAGAGUAUGCAGUCAAUAAAUGUUAGUGUUUAUUAUUAUCUAUUCCAAAUGUGACAGCACCAAAUUAUAAGUUGGACUGAUUGGCAAAACUGCCAAACAUAGUAAAAAAGUCUCCAUAAUGAUUCCAAUAGCUUUAUUAUUGAAUUCUUACUAUGUUGCAAACAUUGUGCUUAGCUCUUAACAGGAAUUAUUCAAUUACAACAUCUCAACCACUUUAAUAGUAUUCUCAUUUUGCAGACAAGAGAAUUAAGGAACAGAUAACUUAGUUGCCCAUAAUGGCAGAAUUAAUGGAAUGGAGUGCAAUCCAGGCCUAAUUUCAGUCAGAGAUCAUAGUUCCUUUUUUUCUAUCAAAAAAAUAAAUGAAAUAAAAAAUUGGCCUUCAUAGGUGACAGCAUUUGUUAAAGCACUACAUGUUUUAAAAAUCUAUUAUCUCAACUCCUGAUUAAUGUAUUUAUUCAAUUAGUAAACUAUUUUCUGAUUAGAAUUUUCUUGUAAUUUUAAAUUAAAUAAUAAAAUAAGAUACAGCUUCAUAGAAUCAUACACUGGUCAGGUGAGAAGUCUUCAGAGCGUCUAAUUUAGACUUCCAUUCUACCACUAUGGAAACACCCAGAAUGGUGCCGCAAUUUUGCCCUCCAUAACAUAGCUAGUCAAUGGCUGGCAGGUUUCAGGAUUCUGUAUAGAAUUCUUUUCAGUGCAUCAUACUUAAAUGAUAGGUAUUUACGUGGGUCAUUUGUUGGCAAUGCAUCAUAAAAAUAUCGCCCACAUACUUGAAAAAGAAUACAAGCCAUCAUCACCAUUAUUAUACAUAAUUAUUCAAUUAUUUUCAGAGAUGAUGGUUAGAUGGGCUGGGCGUGGCUGACGAAUCUGCAUUAGAAAAAUCUCUUCAAAAAAAGAUUCUAUUAAAAAAACAGUCGUCUGCAAUUUCUACCUCUCAUCCUUCCAAGUAUUACUUAUUAUUCCUUAAUAGAACUGUUGAGAAGUUUUACAUUGGGCACAAGGAGCGGUUCCCAGGAUCGUGCCUUCCUAAUAAAAGCCCAGUCUCGCGCCUGUCCCGGGCGCGCCGCUGAGGAAGGGAGGUGGGAAGAGCAGAGCGGCUAGAGGUAGGGCGGGCGGGUGGGUCUGCAGGCUGGAGGGCCGUUGGCCUGGAGCAUGAAGGGGCGAGCCCACUAACGGCUUGCUUCCUAUUGGACGGCGCGGCCCGUUUUGCGCAUGUGUCUCCGGGUUCAAACCCAGGCACAGGCCAAGCGUUCUUGUUUGUUGAGGGCGGAGCCAAUGGCGGGGAAGUGUUGUUAGCGCGCGCCUUCCGGAUCGCAGCUCUCGCGGCAGUCGCCUGAGACUUAAGGUUAUUGCUUGGCCGCGGCCUGGUAUUCCGGCGAUUCGUUUCUUGCUCGGCCUCCUGGAGCUGUGGUCCGUGUGGGCUUCCACCUCAGACAGUUGCGCUGGCUCAGCGGGGCCGGAACAUGGCUGCGUCCGGUCUGGAUCAUCUCAAAAAUGGCUACAGAAGAAGAUUUUGUCGACCUUCCAGGGCACGUGACAUUAACACAGAGCAAGGCCAGAAUGUUCUGGAAAUCUUACAAGACUGUUUUGAAGAAAAAAGUCUUGCCAAUGAUUUUAGUACAAAUUCUACAAAAUCAGUGCCUAAUUCAACACGCAAAAUAAAAGACACUUGUAUUCAGUCACCAAGCAAAGAGAAAUCACAUCCAAAGUCAGUUCCAGUUUCUUCAAAGAAGAAAGAAGCCUCUCUACAGUUUGUUGUAGAACCAAGUGAAGCCACAAACAGAUCAGUUCAGGCCCAUGAAGUUCAUCAGAAAAUUCUGGCAACUGAUGUUAGUUCCAAAAAUACACCUGACUCGAAAAAAAUGUCAAGUAGAAACAUAAAUGAUCAUCACAGCGAAGCUGAUGAAGAAUUUUACUUAUCCGUUGGCUCACCUUUUGUUCUUUUGGAUGCAAAAACAUCUGUAUCACAAAAUGUUAUUCCAUCUAGUGCCCAAAAGAGAGAGACUUACACUUUUGAAAAUUCAGUAAAUAUGCUGCCUUCAAGUACAGAGGUUUCAGUUAAAACCAAAAAAAGGUUAAACUUUGAUGAUAAAGUUAUGUUAAAGAAAAUAGAAAUAGAUAAUAAAGUAUCAGAUGAAGAGGAUAAAACAUCAGAAGGACAAGAAAGAAAACCAUCAGGAUCAUCUCAGAAUAGAAUACGAGAUUCAGAAUAUGAAAUUCAACGACAAGCUAAAAAAAGUUUUUCAACAUUGUUUUUAGAAACAGUAAAACGAAAAAGUGAAUCCAGUCCCAUUGUUAGGCAUGCGGCAACUGCUCCACCUCAUUCGUGUCCUCCCGAUGAUACGAAGUUGAUAGAGGAUGAAUUUAUAAUUGAUGAGUUGGAUCAAAGUUUUGCCAGUAGAUCUUGGAUUACAAUACCAAGAAAGGCAGGGUCUCUGAAACAACGCACAAUAUCCCCGGCUGAGAGCACUGCACUCCUUCAAGGUAGAAAGUCAAGAGAAAAGCAUCAUAAUAUAUUACCUAAGACUUUGGCAAAUGACAAACAUUCCCAUAAACCUCACCCAGUAGAGACAUCUCAGCCCUCUGAUAAAACAGUACUGGAUACAAGUUAUGCUUUGAUAGGUGAAACAGUAAAUAAUUAUAGAUCUACAAAAUAUGAAAUGUAUUCCAAGAAUGCAGAAAAACCAUCUAGAAGCAAAAGGACUAUAAAACAAAAACAGAGAAGAAAAUUCAUGGCUAAACCAGCUGAAGAACAGCUUGAUGUGGGACAGUCUAAAGAUGAAAACAUACAUACAUCACGUAUUACCCAAGACGAAUUUCAAAGAAAUUCAGACAGAAAUAUGGAAGAGCGUGAAGAGAUGGGAAAUGAUUGUGUUUCCAAAAAACAGAUGCCACCUGUGGGAAGCAAGAAAAGUAGCACUAGAAAAGAUAAGGAAGAAUCUAAAAAGAAGCGCUUUUCCAGUGAGUCCAAGAACAAACUUGUACCUGAAGAAGUGACUUCAACUGUCACAAAAAGUCGAAGAAUUUCCAGGCGUCCAUCUGAUUGGUGGGUGGUAAAAUCAGAGGAGAGUCCUGUUUAUAGCAAUUCUUCAGUAAGAAAUGAAUUACCAAUGUAUCACAAUAGUAGCCAAAAAUCUACUAAGAAAACAAAUCAGUCAUCUAAGAAUAUUAGGAAAAAAACUAUUCCACUUAAAAGGCAGAAGACAGCAACUAAAGGCAACCAAAGAGUACAGAAGUUUUUAAAUGCUGAAGGUUCUGGAGGUAUCGUUGGUCAUGAUGAAAUUUCCAGAUGUUCGCUGAGUGAGCCAUUGGAAAGUGAUGAGGCAGACUUGGCUAAGAAGAAAAAUCUUGAUUGUUCUAGAUCUACAAGAAGCUCAAAGAAUGAAGAUAAUAUUAUGACUGCACAGAAUGUUCCCCUAAAGCCUCAGACCAGUGGAUAUACAUGUAAUAUACCAACAGAGUCAAACUUGGAUUCUGGAGAGCAUAAGACUUCAGUUUUAGAGGAAAGUGGACCUUCCAGGCUCAAUAAUAAUUAUUUAAUAUCUGGAAAGAAUGAUGUGGAUGAUGAGGAAGUUCAUGGAAGUUCAGAUGACUCAAAACAAUCUAAAGUGAUACCAAAGAACAGAAUCCAUCACAAACUAGUAUUGCCCUCCAACACACCAAAUGUUCGCAGGACCAAGAGAACACGUUUGAAACCUUUGGAGUACUGGCGAGGAGAGCGAAUAGAUUAUCAAGGAAGGCCAUCAGGAGGAUUCGUGAUUAGUGGAGUACUAUCUCCAGACACAAUAUCGUCUAAAAGGAAGGCAAAAGAAAAUACUGGAAAAGUCAACAAAAAAUCUAAUAAGAAAAGGAUCUGUCUUGAUAACGAUGAAAGAAAGACUAACUUAAUGGUAAAUCUAGGUAUACCUCUUGGAGAUCCUUUGCAGCCAACGAGGGUAAAGGACCCAGAAACAAGAGAGAUUAUUCUCAUGGAUCUUGUAAGGCCACAAGAUACAUAUCAAUUUUUUGUUAAGCAUGGUGAGUUGAAGGUAUACAAGACAUUGGAUACACCCUUUUUUUCUACUGGGAAAUUGAUAUUAGGACCACAAGAAGAAAAGGGAAAGCAGCAUGUUGGCCAGGAUAUAUUGGUUUUUUAUGUUAACUUUGGUGACCUUUUGUGUACUUUACAUGAAACACCUUAUAUAUUAAGUACUGGGGAUUCGUUCUAUGUUCCUUCAGGUAACUAUUAUAACAUCAAAAAUCUCCGGAAUGAGGAAAGUGUUCUUCUUUUUACUCAGAUAAAAAGAUGAAAGAUCAACCAACCUUAAAUAUAUAGUCUCACUCUUGUCGCCCAGGCUGGAAUGCAAUGGUGCGAUCUCGGCUCACUGCAACCUCUUCCUCCUGGGUUCAAGCGAUUCUCCUGCCUCAGCCUCCUGAGUAGCUGGGAUUACAAGUGCCCACCACGACACCUGGCUAAUUUUUUAUAUUUUUAGUGGAGAUGGGAUUUCACCAUGUUGGCCAGGCUGGUCUCAGGUGAUCCAACCGCCUCGGCCUCCCAAAGCACUGGGAUUACAGGCUUGAGCCACCGCACCCGGCCCAUUUUUAAUCUUUUAUGCUGUAUUUUUAUUGUGCCUUUUCUGUUUGGAUAUGUUUAGAUGCACAAAUACUUACCAUUGUGUUACAGUUGCCUACAGUAUUCAGCACAAUAUCAUGCUGUACAGUUUUGUAGCCUAGGAGCAAUAGGCUAUAUAUACCACAUAGCCUUGGUGUGUAGGAAGCUGUACAUCAUAGGUUUGUGUAAGUAUGCACUAUGAUGUUCACAUAAUGAUGAAAUCAUCUAAUGAAGCAUUUCUCAGAAUGUAUUCCCUUUGUUAAGUGAUGCAUGACUCUACAGCUGUUUCAGAGUUGUUAACCUGUACCUCAAUGGGAAACAACGUUAUCAGUUUAUGUUCAGUUUGUUUUGUCUUUGGAAUUUCAGACUCCACUCAUUUCCAGAGUUACUUGGGUCAGCAUCCUUCUUCUCUUCCCCAUUCAGUGAGGUUGUUUUAUACUUUUGUAAUACAGUUAGAUUGUUUUGUCAUAUUCUACAUUCCAUACUGGGAUAUCCUGACUUCCUAAAUAACUUCAUGAAAAUUUGUAUACAUUAGCCUUCACUGUUUAUACUGUAAAUGUCUAUGGAUUUUUAUAAAUAGUGUCAUGUACCAAUCAUUACAGUGUCAUAUGGAAUAGUUUCAGUACUUUAAAAAUCUGUGUUUUUCCAAUUUAACUACCUUCUCCUCUGCCUGAACCUCUGGCAAAGACUGACCUUUUCUUGAUCUGUGUUUUACAGAAUGGUCUGUGUUUUACAGAAUUUUUUUAUUUGUGUUUUACAGAAUGUCAUAUAAUAGGAAUCAUAUAAUAUAUAACAUUUUCAGACUGGCUUAUUUCACUUAGAAAAAAUGCAAUUAAGUUUCCUUCAUUGCCUUUUUGUGACUUCACAGAUCAUUUCUUAUUUGUUUCAAAGACUUUAUUUUUUAGAGCAAUUUUUGAUUCACAGCAGAAUUAAGAGGAAGGUACAGAGAUUUCCCAUAUACUUCCUGCCUCUACUCUCUUGUUAUUAAUAUCCCCCAAGAGAGUGGUACAUUUGCUACAAUUGAUGAACCUAGAUUGACACAUCAUUGUCACCCAGACUUCAUAGUUUACAUCAGAGUUCACUCUUGAUAUUGUACAUUCUCUGUGUUUGAACAAACGUAUAAUGACAUGUAUUCACCAUCACAGUAUUAUACAGAGUAGUUUUACUACACUAAAAAUCCUCUAUGCUCCACGUAUUCGUCCCACCUUCCUUCCUAAUCCCUGGCAAUCACUGAUCUUUCUACUGUCUCCAUAGUUUUGCUUUCUCUGGAAUGUCAUAUAGUUUGAAUCAUCUAGUAUAUGACCUUUUCAGAUUGAUUUCUGUCACUUAGUAAUAUGGAUUCAUGUUUCCUUCAUGUUUUCAAAGCUUGAUUGCUAUCUUUUUAUUGUUGAAUAAUAUUCCAUUGUCUAGAAGUACCACAGUGUAUCCACUCACCUGCUGAAGGACACCUUGGUUGCUUCCAAGUUUUGGCAAUUAUGAAUAAAGCUGACACAAACAUCCAUAUGAAGGAUUUUCCAUAGAACAUAAGUUUUCAAUUCCUUUGAUAAAUACAAAGGAGUAUGAUUGCUGCACAGUAUGAUGAGAGUAUAUGUAGCUGUGCAAGAAACUGCCAAACUCUCUUUCAGAGUAGUUGUACCAUUUUGCAUCCCCACCAGCAAUAAAUGAGUCUGUAUCUGGGUUCUUGUUUUUUUGUAUCUACAUGGCCAAUUGUUCAAGCACCAUUUGUUGAAAGACUUCACCAAUACUACAUUACAUCGAAUACUGUAGCUUUACAAUAAGUCUUGAAGUCAGCUUGUGGUAGUCCUCCAACUUUGUUCUUUUCCAAUAUUGUAUCAGCAAUUCUGAGUCUUUUGCCUCUGCAAAUAAACUCUAAAAUUUGUUUGUUGGUAUCCACAAAAUGAUUUGCUGAGAUUUUGACUGGGAUUGCCUUGAAUCUGUAGAUUAAGUUGGGAAGAACUGACAUCUUGACAAUGUUAAGUCUUUCCAUUCAUGAACAUGAAAUUUUCUUCAUUUAUUUAAUUCUGUUUUGAUUUCUUUAAUCAAUAGUUUUGUAGUUUUCCUCAUAUAGAUCCUGUACAUAUUUUGUGAGAUUUGUACCUAAGAAAUUCCUUUCUUGGAUGCUAAUGUAAAUGGUAUUCUCUUUUAAACUUCAAAUUCCACUUCUUUAUUACUAGUUAGUAUAUAGAAAAGGGUUUGACUUUCGUGUGUUAACCUUGUAUUCCACACCCUUGCUGUAAUUGCUUAUUAGUUCCAGGAGUGUUUUUGUUGAUUCUUUCAGAUUUUCUACAUAGAUGAUCAUUCAUCUAAGAACGAAGGGUUUUAUUUAUUCUUCCCAAUCUGUAUACCUUUUUUGUCUUUUUAUUGUUUUAUUGCAUUAGCUAGGACUUCCAGUAGGAUGUUGAAUAGGAAUAAUGGGAGGGGACAACAUGGCCUUCUUCAAAAUUGUAGUGGGAAGUGUACAAUUUCCAUUAAGUAUGAAAUUAGCUUUCUGUUUUGUUUUUGUUUUUGUAGAUCAAAUUGAGGAAAUUCCUAUAAGAACUCUAUCUAAGUAGAGUUUGUGUCUUGCAGCUCUCUAAGUUGUACCCUCUUGUUAUGACACUGAAGCCCUUUUGUGCUGUUGAAAAGUUGUACCCUCUUGUUAUGAUACUGGAAGCCUGUUUGUGCUGUUGAAAAGGAAAAUAUUUUAUAAUUUUAUGAUUGUCUCCAUUUAUUAGUGGGCAUUUUAUUUGCUUUUUUCUGGGUCAUAUUGCAUUUCCUAAGACUUCCAGUGUGAUGUUGAAAAGUGAUAGUGAGAGGGGGUAUUCUUACCUUGUUCCUAUUAGCGGGAAAGCUUCAAAUAUCUAAUUAUUAAGUAUGACGUUAGCUGUAGGUUUCUUGUAUAUAUCAUUUUAAAAAAUCAUUUCAACUUUAAUUUAGAUGUAGAGGGGUACAUUUGCAGGUUUGUUACAUAGUUAUAUUAUUGCCCAGGUACUGAACAUAGUAGCCAGUAGUUAUUUUUUCAAUCUUUGCCCCCAUCCCUCUCUCUCUCCCCAGCGGUUCCCAGUGUCUAUUGUUGCAAUCAUUAUGUCCAUGAGUACCCAAAGUUUAGCUUCCACUUAUAAGUGAGAACAUGUGGUAUUUGAUUUUCUGUUCUUGAGUUAAUUUGCUAAGGAUAAUGGCCUUCAGCUGCAUUCAUAUUGCUGCAAAGGAUAUAAUUUUGUUCCUUUUUAUGGCUGUGUAGUAUUCCAUGGUGUAUAUGUAUCACAGUUUCUUUAUCCAAUCCACUGUUGAUGAGCACCUAGGUUGAUUCCAUGUCUUUGCUAUUGUGAAUAGUGCUGUGAUAAACGUAUGAGUGCAUGUGUCUUUUUGCUAGAACAAUUUAUUUAUUUUUUUGAUAUAUACCCAGUAAUAGGAUUCCCGAGUCAAAUUUUAAGUUCCUUGAGAAAUCUUCAAAAUGCUUUCUACAGUGGCUUAACUAAUUUACAUUCCCACCAACAGUGUAUAAGCUUUCUCUUUUCUUCACAGCCUCACCAGCAUCUGUUGCUUUUUGACUUUUUAAUAGUAGCUAUCCUGACUGGUAUUAGAUGAUAUCUCAUUAUGGUUUUGAUUUGCAUUUCUCUGAUGAUUAAUGGUGUGGAGCAUUUUUUCAUAUGUCUGUUGGCCACUUUUAUGUCUCUUUUUGUCUCUUUUUGAGAAGUGUCUGUUCAUGUAUUCCACCCAUUUUUAACUGGGAUUGUUUGUUUUUUCCUUGUUCAAUUAUUUAAGUUCCUUACAGAGUCUGAAUAUUAGACCUUUAUCUGACACAUAGUCUGUGAGUAUUUCCUCCCAUUCUGUAGGUUAUCUGUUUACUCUGCUGAUAGUUUCUUUGGCUGUGCAGAAGCUCUUUAGUUUAAUUGCAUCCCACUUGUCAGUUUUUGUUUUUGUUGCAAUUGUUUUCGAGGACUUAGUCACAAGUUUUUUCCCUAGGCUAAUGUCCAAUAUGGUGUUUCCUAGGUUUUCUUCUAGGAUUCUUUUGUUUUUUUAAUUAGAAUGUAUUAAAUAUUUUAUUUACCCAACUUACAGUUUGCAAAUAAUCUGCCCUUCUCCAAAAACACUCUAAAACUUCCCUUAGCUAUCAAGACUACUUCUACUAAUAAUAUAGAAAUAUUAUAACUAAGGAAACUGGGUGGAGACCCAGGGCUUGAGUUAGAAUGCAGAUUCUGACAUAUGAUAAACACCAGGUUAAAGGAUAUUACUAGUUCUCCUAUAUGUAAAUUAAGAGAGCUUUUGUGGGCUGAAGUGGCAACAUAAUGAUUAUGUAAUACUGACUUGAAAGGAAAACGUACCCAAGGUUCCAGAAAAUGUCUUACUGCAUUUGACAUGUAAUCUACUCAUAAACUGGAAUAUGACUGCAAUAAAAAUCUUUACAAUAAGGAUAAAUAUUAUAAAAGGCUAUAUUUCAAAUUGCACACAAAAUUUUUGAAAGUAAAACUAAUGUGGUAAGAUAAUUUUUUCUAUCAGAAGUACUUUCAAUACCCAGAGUUUUCCAAAUACAAAAAAAGUUGCAGUCAUAUUUUAAAUAUAACAUCUUUAACAUCAAAGUAUUUUUUUUGGUCCCAUAGUAAAAAAGAAAACCAUGCUUUUGAAAUGUUACGUUUUAUAUAUUUCCAGGAUAACCACCAAAUUCACUUAGCAUGUCACCAUACUUGAGGAAAAUCAAUUCCUAAGAUUAAAGAAAAAAAAAAGUCUGGGUUAUACAGUUAUUUCCCACUUACAUCAAAUUAAAUUUAAAAUUAAACUGCCAAGUUGAAGUUCCUGGAGGGUAUUCUCCUUGCUCAUUCAUAAAUGUCAGCCCUAGCUGAAUUAUCUUUAACAAGUCUACAUUACACCGCAAUAGUUGGUAUUGAUAAUCAGCAUUGCUCCUGAAUUCUCCAAUGGGUUUUGCAACCACAGCUGGAAACUCGUGUCCAUAGCAACGUAAUUAUAUUUUCGGAUAACCUGAUGAAUUUUCUUCAUCUCUUCAUCCAAGUUGCAAGCCCAAACUUCACAAAUUCUUUGGCUAUGAUCUACAGUCGCCGCUGGCAUAGUGAGGGCACAAGGGAGUCUAGAUGCCAAGCAUCAAAAUGUUAUACUUGAUUGAAGAUUUGUUUCAUAAAAUAUUUUAUCCUUUAUUUAUGUACUUGUGUCGCUGAGCUCGCGCUCCUCCUCCUCCUCCUCGCCAUAGAGACAGCAGCCGGCGGCGGUGGCGGUGGCGGUGGCGGUGGCGGUGGCGGUAGCGGCGGCGGCAGCGGGUGCUCCCUAGACACCUCUCGCCCAGCGAGGGGAAAGGCGAGCAGGAGCUGCGCUGCACCGUGCUGCGCCGUCGCUUUUCACCUCUUCUAGGAUUCUUAUAGUUUGAGGUCUUACAUUUAAAUCUUUCAUCCAUCUUGAAUUAAUUUUUGUAUAUGAUAAAAGGUAGGGGGUCUAGUUUCAUUCUUCUGCAUGUGGUUAGCCAGCUAUCCUGCACCUUUACUGAAUAGAGAGUCCCUUUCCCAUUGCUUAUUUUUGUCACCUUUGUUAAAUAUCAGAUGGCUGUAGGUGUACAGCUUUAUUUCUGAGCUCUCUAUUCUGUUCCAUUGGUCUAUGUGUCUGUUCUUGUAUAGUACCAUACUAUUUUGGUUACUGUAGCCUUAUAGUAUAAUUUGAAGUUGGGUAAUGUGAUGCUACAGGCUUUGUGCUUUUUGCUUAGAGUUGCUUUGGCUAAUUUUUUCUAGUUCUGUGAAAAAUUGUGGUGAUAGUUUGAUAGAAAUAACAUUGAAUCUGUAAAUUGCUUUGGGCAGUAUAGCUAUUUUAAUGAUAUUGAUUCUUCCAAACCAUGGGCAUGGAAAGUUUUUCCAUAUGUUUCUGUCAUCUGUGAAUUCUUUCAGCAGUGUCUUGUAGUUCUCCUUGUAGAGAUCUUUCACCUCUUUGGUUACAUGUAUUCCUAGGUAUUUUAUUUUACUUUAUUUUAUUUUAUUUUGCGGCUGUCGUGAAUGGGAUUGUGUUCUUGAUUUGGCUGUCAGUUUGAACAUUAUUGUUUUAUAGAAAUGCUAGUGAUUUUUGUAAAAUGAUUGGAUAUCCUGAAACUUUCCUGACAUUGUUUAUUAGUUUCAGGAUCCUUUUGGAAGAGUCUUUAAGAAUCAUAUUGUAAGCAAGAGACAUAGUUUGAAUUUCUCUUUUCCUAUUUGGAUACCUUUUAUUUCUUUCUCUUGAAUACUCAGCUAGGACUUCCAGUUUUUUGUAGAUAUCCUUUAUCAAUUUGAGGAAGUUCCCCUCUAUUCCCAGUUUAUUGAGGAUUUUUUUUAAAUCAUUAAUGGGUGUUGGAUUUUGUCAAAUGCUUUUUCUGAAUCUAUUGAUAAAAUCAUGUGACUUUUUUUUUUUUAGCUUGUUGGUGUGAUGGGUCACAUUAGUUGAUUUUCCAGUGUUGAAUCAGCCUUGCAUACCUGGAAUAAAUCUCACUUGGUCAUGAUGUAUAAUUUUUUAAACACAUUGUUAGAUCAGAUUUGCUGAUAUUUUGUUGAGGAUUUUUGAAUCUAUUUUCUCUUCAGAUUCUGUGAAUUUUGACAGAUAGUGUCUUUCAAGGAAUUGGUUCAUUUUAUAUAGGUUAUCAAAUUUUGGGGAGUAGAGUUUUUUUAUUGUAUUCUUUAUUAUGCUUUUAAUGUCCAUGGGCUCUUUAAUGAUGUGCCAUCUUUCAUUUCUGAUAUUAAUAAUUUGUAUCUUCUCAUGUUUUUCUUAGCCUGGCUAGAAGUUUAUCAAUUUUAUUCAUCUUUCCAAAGAACUAUUAUAGCUUUUGGUUUUAUUAAUUUUCUCUAUUGAUUUUCUGUUUUCAACUUCGUUGAUCUCUGUUCUAUUUUUUAUUACUUUUUUCUGGUUACUUUGAACUUAAUUUGCCCUUCUUUUGCUAGUUUUCUAAGGUGGAUGUUUAGGUAAUUAAUUUUUUAUUUUUAGUUUUUUUUAAUUUAUGCAUUCAGUGCUUUAAAUUUAUCUUAAGCACUGCUUUCACUGCAUCUUGCAAAAUUUUGACGUUGUUUUCAUUUUCAUUUAGUUCAAAGUAUUUUUAAGUUUCUCUCAAGAUUUCUUCAUUGAUCUGUGUAUUGUUUAGAAGUGUGUUGUUUAAUCUCCAAGUAUUUUGGGAUUUUUCCAGCUCUUUCUCUGUUACUGGUUUCCACUUUAAUUAUAUUGUGCUUGGAAAACAGACAAUGCAUAAUUUCUAUUCUUUUAAAUUGGUUAAGGUGUAUUUUAUCACCCAGAAUAUGAUUUAUCUUUGUGAAUGUUCCGUGUGAUCUUGAGAAGAAUGUGUAUUAGGCUGCUGUUGGAUAAAGUAGGCUAUACAUGUCUGAUAUAUCCAGCUGUUUGAUGGAGUUGUUGAGUAAAACUGUAUCCUUACUGAUUUCUGCUUGCUGGAUCUGUACAUUUCUUAUAGAGGGAUGUUGAAGUCUCUCACUAUUAGUGGGUUUAUCUUUUUUUUCACUAAAGUUCUAUCAGAUUUUGGCUCAUGUAUACUCCGUUGUUAGGCACAUACACAUUAAGGAUUGUUAUAUCUUCUUGGAGAAUCGACGCCUUUAUCAUUAUGCAAUGAUUAUCUUUAUCCCUGAUAAAUUUCCUUGGUCUAAAGUCUAUCCUGUCUGAAAUCAGUAUACUUUAAAUCUGUAUGUGUUUUUAUAUUUCAAGCGAGUUUCUAAUAGACAACACAUGGUUGGUUCUUGUUUCUUGAUUCACUCUGACAAUCUCUGACUUUUAAUUUUUUUUUUUUUUUUUUUUUUUUGAGACAGAGUCUCACUCUGUUGCCUAGGCUGGAAUGCAGUGGUGCGAUCUUGGCUUACUGCAACCUCUGCCUCCCGGGUUCAAGCAAUUUUCCUGCCUCAGCCUCCUGAGUAGCUGGGAUUACAGGCACACGCCACCAUGCCUGGCUAAUUUUAGUAGAGACGGUUUCACCAUGUUGGUCUGGCUGGUCUCAAACUCCUGACCUCAUGUUUCACCCGCCUUGGCCUCCCAAAGUGCUGGGAUUACAGGCAAUCUCUGACUUUUAAUUGGCGCAUUUAGACCACUGGCAUUCAAAGUGAUUAUUGAUAUAGUUGGAUUAGUGUCUACCAUAUUUGUUACUGUUUUUUUACCUGUUGUCCCUUUUCUUUGUUUCUAUUUGUUUUUCAGUUUUCCAUUUUUAUUUUUAUUAUAAUUUUUGACUUUCAAAGUUGUCUUUAUUAUUUUUAUUUGUACACAUUUAUGUUGUUAUGUGAAAAUUUUUUAUGUGUUUAUAAUGUGUAGUGAUCAAAUCGGGGUUUUAAGGUGUUCCGCACCUGAGUACAAUACAUUUUUGUAUAACUAUAGUCACCGUACUCUGUUAUCAAACAUUGAAUUUAUUUAUUCUAACAGUAUGUUUUUAUCCUUUAACUCACUUCUCUUCAUCCUCCCCCACUUAUCUAUCUUUCCACUUUCUACCUUUAUGUGAUCAAAUUUUUUAGCUCCCACAUAUUAGUGAGAACAUGCAAUAUUUGUCUUUUUGUGCCUGGCUUAUUUCACUUAAGAGAAUGACCUCCAUUUCCAACCAUGUUGCUGCAAAUGACAUGAGUUCACUAUUUUUAUGGUUGAAUAGUAUUUUGUUGUGUAUGUGUGUAUACAUACACAUAUCUGUACACAUAUAUGUUUAUGUAUAUAUACAUGUACAUCUGUAUAUAUAUAUGUAUAUCUGUGCCACUUUAUCCAUUCAUUAGUUGAUAGACACACAGGUUGAUAUCUUUGCUAUCAGGAAUAGUGCUGCAAUAAAUGUGUAAGUACAGGUAACCCUUUGAUAUAUUGAUUUCUUUUCCUUUGAGGAGAUACCCAAUAGUGGGAUGGCUGGACCAAAUGGACUCUAUUUUAGUUUUUUGUGAAAUCUCCGUAGUAUUUUCCAUAGUGGAUGUACUAGUUUACAUUCCCACCAACAAUGUAUAAGAGUUCUCUUUUCUCUGCAUCCUUAAAUGAUCGAUUUUUGUCUUAUUUCUCCUUUAUUUUUGAAGGAUAAUUUCACAGGGUACGGAAUUCUAGGUUAGUAGUUUUUUGUUUUUUGUUUUUGUUUUUUUGCUAAACACUUUAAAUAUUUCACCCUACUGUCUUCCGGCUUGCAUAAUUUCUGAAAAGGCAGAUGUAAUUCUUAUCUUUUCUUCUCUAUAAGUAAGGUGGUCUUUGUGGGUUCUUUUUCUUUACUCUUCUAUUUGCUUUCAGGAUGUUGUUGUUUUGUUGUUGUUGUUGUUGUUGCCUACAGCACUUGGUAUUUCCUAAUGGUUUCCCAUUCAAGUACUAGCCAAACCCAAUCUUGCUUAGCAUUUUUUUUUUUUUUUUAAUUUAAGUUCUAGGGUACAAGUGCACAACGUGCAGUUUUGAUACAUGUGCCAUGUUGGUUUGCUGCACCCAUCAACUCGUCAUUUACAUUAGGUAUUUCUCCUAAUGCUAUCCCUCCCCCUGCCCCCACCCCCCAACAGGCCCUGACGUGUGAUGUUCCCCACCCUGUGUCCAAGUGUUCUCAUUGUUCAUUUCCCACCAAUGAGUGAGAACAUGCAGUGUUUGGUUUUCUGUCCUUGUGAUAGCUUGCUGAGAAUGAUGGUUUCCAGCUUCAUCCAUGUCCCUGCAAAGGACAUGAACUCAUCCUUUUUUAUGGCUGCAUAGUAUCCCAUGCUGUAUAUGUGCCACAUUUUCUAAAUCCAGUCUAUCAUUGAUGGACAUUUGGGUUGGUUCCAACCCAAAUUCACAACUUUGCUAUUGUGAAUAGUGCCGCAAUAAACAUAUGUGUGCAUGUGUCUUUAUAGUAGCAUGAUUUAUAAUCCUUUGGGUAUAUACCCAGUAAUGGGAUUGCUGGGUCUAUCCCAUUACUAGUUCUAGUUAUUUCUAGUUCUAGAUCCCUGAGGAAUCCCCACACUGUCUUCCACAAUGGUUGAACUAAUUUACACUCCCACCAACAGUGUAACAGCAUUCCUAUUUCUGCACAUCCUCUCCAGCAUCUGUUGUUUCUGACUUUUUAAUGAUUGCCAUUCUAACUGACAUGAGAUGGUAUCUCAUUGUGGUUUUGAUUUGCAUUUCCCUGAUGAUCAGUGAUGAUGAGCAUUUAUUCAUGUGUCUUUUGGCUGCAUAAAUGUUUUCUUUUGGGAAGUGUCUGUGCAUAUCCUUUGCCCACUUUUUUGAUGGGGUUUUUUUUUCUUGUAAAUUUGUUUGAGUUCUUUGUAGAUUCUGGAUAUUAGCCCUUUGUCAGAUGGGUAGAUUGCAAAAUUUUUCUUCCACUCUGUAGGUUGCCUGUUCGCUCUGAUGGUAGUUUCUUUUGCCGUGCAGAAGCUCUUUAGUUUAAUUAGAUUCCAUUUGUCUAUUUUGGCUUUUGUUGCCAUUGCUUUUGGUGUUUUAGACAUGAAGUCCUUGCCCAUGCCUAUAUCCUGAAUGGUUUUCUUCUAGGGUUUUUAUGGUUUUAGGUCUAACAUUUAAGUCUUUAAUCCAUCUUGAAUUAAUUUUUGUAUAAGGUGUAAGGAAGGGAUCCAGUUUCAGCUUUCUACAUAUGGCUAGCCAGUUUUCCCAGCACCAUUUAUUAAAUGGGGAAUCCUUUCCCCAUUCUUGUUUUUGUCAGGUUUGUCAAAGGUCAGAUGGUUGUAAAUGUGUGGUGUUAUUUCUGAGGACUCUGUUCUGUGUUCCAUUGGUCUAUAUCUCUGUUUUGGUACCAGUACCAAGCUGUUUUGUUUGCUGUAGCCUUGUAGUAUAGUUUGAAGUCAGGUAGCAUGAUGCCUCCAGCUUUAAUCUUUUUGCUUAGGAUUGUCUUGGCAAUGCAGGCUCUUUUUUGGUUCCAUAUGAACUUUAAAGUAACUUUUUCGAAUUCUGUGAAGAAAGUCAUUGGUAGCUUGAUGGGGAUGGCAUUGAAUCUAUAAAUUACCUUGGGCAGUAUGGCCAUGUUCACAAUACUGGUUCUUCCUAUCCAUGAGCAUGGAAUGUUCUUCCAUUUGUUUGUGUCCUCUUUUAUUUCAUUGAGCAGUGGUUUGUAGUUCUCCUUGAGGAGGUCCUUCACAUCCCUUGUAAAUUGGAUUCCUAGGUAUUUUAUUCUCUUUGAAGCAAUUGUGAAUGGGAGUUUACUCAUGAUUUGCUGUUUGUCAGUUUUUGGUGCAUAAGAAUGCUUGUGAUUUUUGCACAUUGAUUUUGUAUCCUGAUACUUUGCUGAAGUUGCUUAUCAGCUUAAGGAGAUUUGGGGCUGAGAUGAUGGGGUUUUCUAAAUAUACAAUCAUGUCAUCUGCAAACAGGGACAAUUUGACUUCCUCUUUUCCUAAUUGAAUAUGCUUUAUUUCUUUCUCUUGCCUGAUUAGCUUUCAAGAUCAGAUAAGAUUAAGCACAUUCAGGGUGGUAUGGCCAUAGACCAGGAUUUUUUCUCUUUAUCUUCCAUCUUGUGUAGUUUGAAAAUGAUGUGCCUAGGUGUAGGGUUUUUUGCUUUUCAUUUUUUUUUCUUCAUUUAUCCUGCUUGGGUUUUUUCUGAGUUUCGAGGAUCUGUGGAUGGUGUCUGAUACUAAUUUGAGGAAAUUCUCGGUCGUUGUUUUAGAUAUUUAUUUUAUUCCUUUCUUUCUUCUUUUUCUAGAAAUCCCAUUACAUGUUAUACAUUUUGUAGUUGUCCUACACUUCUUGGAUAUUAUAUAUAUAUAUUUUCAGUCUUUGUUCUCUUCGCUUUUCAAUUCUGGCAGUUUCUAUUAAGAUAUAUUUCAGGUCAGAGACUCUUUCUUCAGCAUAUCCAGUCUGCCAGUAAGCCCAUCCAAGGCAUUCUUUAUUUCUUUUACAGUAUUUUUUUUUAUCUCUGGCAUUUAUUUUUGGUUAUUUCUUAGAAUUUCUAUCUCUCUGCUUUUAUUGCUCAUCUGUUCUUUCAUGCUGCUGUUUUCAUUAGAGCCUUUAGCAACCUAAUCAUAGUUGUUUUAAAUUCCUAGUCUAAUAAUGUCAACAUCUCUGCUAUAUCCGAGCCUGGCUCUGAUGCUUUCUCUGUCUCUUUAAAAACUGUGGUUUUUGCCUUUUAAUAUGUCUCGUAAUGUUUUCUUGGUAGCUGGACAUAAUGUAUAGAAUAAAAGUAACUGCAGUAAAUAGGCUUUUGGUAACAUGUGGUUAAGUGUGGGGAGGAGGAAUCAUUCUGUAGUCAUUUGAAUAGGUCUCAGUCUUCUAGUGAGCUUUUGCCUCUGAACUUUGAACUUCACACGUAUUUCUCAGUUUCCACCUCCUUCCCCUUAGGUGGGAAAGGAUGGCUAACAUGGGCUGGCACUGGGUAUUUCUCUUCUUUCAAAUGAAACACUAGAGCUAGUUGCAGUUGAAUAUUUCCCAUCCCCCAUUAGUUAGACUUUGGUAAAGCCUCAGCAUGUUAGGGUUUGGUUAACUAGUUUCUCCUGUGCGAAAACCUUGUUAAGAAGAACAGAAUGCUCUGGCAUAUUUCAAAAUGGUUUAUUUUUCCCUCCCUCUGCAAGAAGCACAGGCUGAUUUUUUAUUCUCUGAUAUUCACCGUGAGAACCUGGUUGAGUUCCUGGAGGUAAAACUCAAAAAAGUGUGGGGCCGUCAAUGAUUGGCUAACUGGCCUCCCACUGGAGUUUUAUCUCUCAGACUUUUCCAUACUGAGAUUUCAGCAAUUCAUCAGUUAUAGUUAAGGUUUCCCUACUUCACCACUGGUUCCCCUGGUGAGUUUGUAUUUGUGAGUUCUGCUACAGCAAGCUAUGGCUGUUGGUCUCUCCAACUUGAGGUGCAGUGGUUUGCCCUGUGACCCCAACUCUCUGUUAUAUCUCAAAGGAGCCAUUGAUUUCUGUUUGUUCAGUUUUUUACUUCUUAGGAUGAAAUGGUGACUUCCAGCUCCUUAUGUGCUGGCCUGGAAACUGGAGGUCAGUCAUUCCUUUGUUACUGAUAAAUAAAAUUCCAUUGUAUGAAUACAUCUUUAUUUUCUUAGCUGUUCACCCACUGAAGGACAUUUGCUUGCUUCUAGAUUUUGGCAAUUAUGAAUAAAACCAUUAUAAACAUUUGUGUGCUGGUUUUUGUGUGACUGUAUGUUUUCAACUCAAUUGGGCAAAAAUUAGGAGCACAAUUCCUGGAUUAUAUGCAGGACUAUGCUUACUUUUAAAGAAACUGCUAAACACUGUUUUGUAAAAUCACACCCUAGGCAAAUUUGCAAUGAAGAAACAACUUGCCUCUAUUUUUCCCUUUUAUGUUCUCAACCCAUUGUUUUAUUGUUGCUUUCACUAUUGGCAUCCCUCUUUCACUUAAUAAAAACCCUUGUGAUUACAUCAGCCCCAGUUGAGUAAUACAGGAUAAUCUCUUCAUGUCAACAUCCCUGCCUUAAUCGUAUCUGUAGAGUUCCUUUUGCUGGGUUCUGGGAUUAGUAUGUGGACAUCUUUCAGGGGAAUGUUAUUCUAUCUACCACAGAAAACUACUCAAACUAUUUUAGGAAGAAAGGAAGAACUUAAUAAGAGAAUAUAUGGGUUUCUUAUAGGAAUCAAGGCCAGGAUUGUUAUUGAAUCUCAUGAGGCGCUGAAACCCACGUCUGAAAAGUUAUCAGGAACUAAGACAACACCUCUCUUUAGGAGGCAUCAUGGUCUUUGAUUUCUGGUUCUAUUUAAAAAUCUGCUUCACCAUCUUUUUCUUUGUAGACUGAUAUUUUUGGCUUCUUCAUAUGCUUCAGAGGUGACCCUGUAGAGUUCCAGUUCAAAGUUUGACAGAUUCUUUCUUUGUUCCAAUUUUAUACUUUCUGAUGAAAAAAUAUGCCGGGCUUGGUUUGGAUUAGGUUCCACUCUCAACACAGCUGAGGAUGUGUGUAUGGGUAGGCUGGAAUGUAGGUUGUACCAAGCUAGCAUAAUACCAAAAUAGUUUUAUUUUACUAAAAUUAUAUUCUCUCUCUCUCUCUCUCUAUAUAUAUAUAGUAUAUUUAUAAUACAUGAAUAUAUAUUUUUAAUUUUGUAAGCAAAAUGUCCAAAAUGUAUUAUAGUGCAAUAGUUAAAACCAUGGAUUCUGAAGCCAUAUUUUUAAAGUUCUAUUCCUAGUUCCACCACUGAGCUGUGAGAUCUGGGGAAACUAAAAUUUUUGUGCCUUAGUUACAUCAUUUAUUAAAUGACAAUGAUAAUAGUGCCUUCUUAGAGAAUUAUUAUGGGGUCUAAAUAAGAGCAGUGCCUGGCAUAUAGUAAAGGCUGUAUGAGUAUUAACUCUUUUAGGGCCAUUUAGGAAAUCUAGAAAAUAUAAGAAUAUAUAUAUUUCCAUGUUAGUAAUGUCUUUAAAUAGUAUGUAUCAAUUAUCUAUUGCCACAAUAAUGCUGUGUAACAACUGCUGAACUUCAGUGGCAUUUAAUGUUAAACAUUUACUUAGCUUAUGAGUCUCUCGGGCUUGGUUAAUUUGUGCUUGGCUUGAAUGAUCUUGACUGGGUUUGCUUAUUUGACUGUGGCCAGCUGCUGGUUGUUGAGGUAACUCUGCUAAUCUUGGUUGCAGUCACUCACAUCUAGAGAUCACCUGGUAUUACCUCAUCUAAGAUAGCUUUUCCUGGAUGACUGAGACAACUUGGCUGUUCUGUAUAUCUUUCCUUUUCUAGCCGGCUAGUGAGCUAGACAAGGCUUGUUUGUUUGGCAAUGGCAGGAACAAAAAAGCAACAAGCAAAAAUAUUCAAGGUCUCUAGAACCUUAGACUUACUGUAUUGGCCAAAACAAAUCACCACCUUCCCACCCCAAAUUUUAGCAGGGGUGAGAAGGUGGGAUAGACUUUACCUCUUUGGAAAGAGGAACUGCAAAGUCACAUAGCAAAGGGCAUGGGUACUACGUGGUCUAAAUAAUUGGACUCUUGUAAGCAAUUUAUUACAUGGCAUUUAAUUUUCUUGUUGUAGAUAUUCAGAUUUUUUUUCAUUAAAUAUUUUAUGGAUAAUGAUGGGAUAUUAGAAAAUAACUGAUUUUCCAUGUUUAUCUAAUGUAUAGUCACUUUAUUAAACUUGUUAAUUUGAUAAACUUUCAGCUUUUAAAGAUUUAUAUAAUAUAAAUUCAGAAUAUAAAUUAUUUGCAAAAUGUAUAUAUGUGUGUACAUGACUGAAAUGUAUAUUUUUUAUUUUAUGAGUUACACCUUUGUGUAACUUAUAAUUUGUAUUUUAUAUUUUAAUUCUGUGGCCAGAAUUUUAAGAACACAGUUUUAUCACUGAUUUUUAAAGUAAUACAUCUAAUUUUACUUUUUUAAGUAAGAUACUGUUUAAGAUAAAUAUUCUUAAAUAUUCCUUGCAGUGUUAAGUAAAUAUUCUUUUUGUGUGUGUGUGUUUUUUUAAAGAUUUAUAGUUAACCCUUCAAUAAUGCAGGAGUAAAGAGCACUGAUCAACCAAACAGUUAAAAAUUUCCAUAUGAUAUGGUUUGGCUUUGUGUCCCCACCCAAAUGUCAUGUUAAAUUGUCAUUCCCAAUGUUGGGGAGGGAAUUGGUGUGAGGUGAUUGGAUCAUUAUGGUGGAUUUCCCCCUUGCUGUUCUUGUGAUAGUGAGUGAGUUCUCAUGAGAUCUGAUGGCUUAAAAGUGUGUGGCACUUCUUCCUUCUCUCCCUCUCUUCUGCCACCAUGUGAAGAUGUGCUUGCUUCCACUUCACCUUCUGCCAUGGUUGUAAGUUUCCUGAGGUCUUUCAGCCAUUCUUCCUGUACAGAUUGUGGAACUGUGAGUCAAUUAAACCUCUUUUCCUCAUAAAUUACCCAGUCUCAGGUAGUUCUUUAUAGCAGUGUGAGAAUGGACUGAUAUAGCAUAAAACUUUUGACUCCUCCAAAGCUUAACUACUAGUAGCCUAUUGUUGACUAGAAGCCUCACUAAUAAUAUAAACAGUAAAGUAACACAUAUUUUAUAAAUUAUAUGUGUUAUAUACUACAUUUUUACAGUAAAGUAAGCUAGAGAAUAUAAAUGUUACUUAGAAAAUCAAAAUGAAGAGAAAAUAUGUUUACUGUUUAUUAAGUGGAAGUGGAUUAUUAUAGAAGUCUUCAUCCUUGUCAUCUUCAUGGUGAGUAAAGUGAAGGAAGAGGAGAAGAGGAGGGGUUGGUCUUGCCAUCUCAGGAGUGGCAGGUGGAAGAAAAUCCGUGUGUAAGUGGACCCAUGCAGUUUAAACCUGUGUUGUUCAAGGGUCAACUCUAUUAGGAAAGUGGGUCUAAACAUUAAGUUAUGUCAGAGUUCUUGGCUUAUAUUAAGAAGUUUAAUAAGUAAAAGGAUCACAAGACAGUAAUUAGCAUAUGAAGUUGACUUACUCCUUUCAACCAAAUUUUUUUAAGUUUCUUUGCCAAGUAUAAGAUAAAUGAAGAUAAGAACAAUCUCUAAGACUUCUUCAGUGGGCUUCUACGUGUACACUGUUACAAUUCAACUCUCCCAGGCCUCAUCUUAUUCUUAUAUGCCUACCUAUUCUAAAACUCAUAGGCAGUUAUUUUUGGGGAAUCCUGAUUACUCUGUAAUAGGGCCAAAACAUAUAGAACAUAUGCAAAAAGAAAACAAUGGUGGUUUCCUUAUUUGACUAUUGCUCUUUUUCCUCCAGUGGCCUCUUGUUGUUAACAGUAUGCAACCAAACAAAAGGUUUUUCCUCUCAGCAAUCAAUCUUCUUAACAUGGUGCAUUUUUUUUUUUAUAGCAGCAGCAAGAUUUAUUGUGAAGAGUGAAAGAGCAAAGCUUCUGCAGCAUGGAAGGGGAUCUGAGUGGGUUGCCCUUUUUUUGGAGCACCAGCAAGAUUUAUUGUGAAGAGUGAAAGAACAAAGCUUCCACAGUGUGGAAGGGGACCCGAGUGGGUUGCCCUUCAACAUGCUGAUUUCUAAAGUCCAUCAAAGUUAAGGAUUCAAGAAAAUAACAGUUAUGACAGGAAUAUGCUAUGAAACUCUGAGCUGUCAUUGGAGGUGGAUUUCUACCCAAUGAAGGAUUAAGUUUUAGAUCUGACUCCUAUGAACAGACGCUUUUUUUUUUUUUUUUUUUUUGCCUAAGAGAAUCCUGCUCACGAAAGCAGAAAACACAGGUUACAAAUUACUGAGACUAUUUUUUUUUUUUUGGAGGAUUUAUGUAGUAUAAGAUAUCUAUCUUUCAGCUUCCUUUGGCAACUUCCUAAUCUUACUAGGAAGAUUAUUAGUAUUAGUCUGUAUUCACACUGCUAAUAAAGACAUAAUGGAGACUGGGUAAUUUAUAAAGAAAAAGAGAUUUAAUGGAUUCCCAGUUCCACGUGGCUGGGGAGGCCUCACAAUCAUGGCAGAAGGCAAAAGGCCCAUUUUACAUGGUAGCAGAAAAGAGAAAAAUGAGGUUGGGUGUGCGGUGGUUCACGCCUGUAAUUCCAGCACUUUGGGAAGCCAAGGCGGGUGGAUCACUUGAGGUCAGGAGUUCAAGACCAGCCUGGCCAACAUGGUGAAACCCCAUCUCUACUAAAAAAAUACAAAAAUUAGCCAGGUAUGGUGGCAGGCGCCUGUAAUCCAAGCUACUUGGGAGGCUGAGGCAGGAGAAUUGCUUGAACCCAGGAGGCGGAGGUUGCAGUAAGCCAAGAUCAUGCCAUUGCACUCCAGCCUGGGAGACACAGCAAGACUCCAUCUCAGAAAAAAAAAAAAAAAAAAAAGAGAAAAAUGAGAGCCAGGUAAAAGGGGAAAACCCCUUAUAAAACAAUCAGAUCUUGUGGGACUUAUUCACUACCACGAGAACAGUAUGGGAGAAACUGCCCCCAUGAUUCAAUUGUCUCCCACUGGGCCCCUCCCACAACACGUGGGAAUUAUGGAAGCUACAAUUCAAGAUGAGAUUUGGGUGGGGACACAGCCAAACCAUAUCACUUACCAUAAAUAUUUGAUGGUUAGGAUAAAUUUUCUUCCCAGCACAGGGUGGGCAUUCAAAAGCAAUGUUUCAGAUGAUUCAAAUGUUGGUAAGAGGAAGAGCAUGUUUUUUGUAAAACCAGUUUUAAUAAGUUGUGCCAGAAGUUUACUACAAUUAAAGGGGUUGUAAAAACAAUAUUUUGAUAAAGGAUAAUUUCAA